AAGAUGAGAUUGAGAAUUUACUACUAAAGGGAAAUAGUUAUUUCAAGUGGACCUUGAUUGGUAUUUAGCCUUGACUAAUCACCCCAGAAAUAAAGCAAAAAUAAAAAAAUUUAAAAAAUCAUAUUCAAAGUUAAUGUAGCAGAAAAGUGUUGAUCAUUCAUGGGUAUAAUUGGGAGGACCUCAAACAAGAAUCAAACAAAGUCCCAUGAAAUGUUAAUUAUACUGCUUUCAAAUCAUUGCCAGUGAUUUGCCCAUUAUUUGUUAGCAUCCACUACAUUUCUCCAAAUAGCAAAGAGGACCACUUGAAGAGAAUCAUCCACAUGGGAUUUGUGAGGUGUGCCGGGCAAAUUAAUGCAUCCUCUGGUCACAAAAGACAUUUAACUGUAGAUAAACCUUUUGAAUUUAUAAUUUUAACAAGUACUAAUUUUAAUAUUUACUGAGUAUAUAUUUUAUAUCAUCCUAGAAGAAAAGAGAGAGCUUAGUUGUCUGAAGGAUAUCUUCGAAGUGGUAGGGCAUUGAUGUUUUUCAACUAACAAACAGUUUGGUCCAUUUUAUGGCUCUAAAUUCUUGAUGAUGAAUUUGAAGACAAAACCAUGUGUUCCUUGAGCUGCUAAUGUCUCUCUGUAGACCCCAAUCCCUUCACCACUCAUUCUACAUUUCAGAGGAUAAUCCACAUUACCUUUGAUCUAUGUAUAUUCACAUACGAGAAGUUAGUCUACACCACAGCCAACACAAGUCUUGAGUAUUGACAUUCUUCAUUGCCAAAGCUUCCACUUCUGCAAACUCUUCUCUACUGUUCUUCUUGUUCAUUGAGAAAAAUGGCUAUUCAUAUUCCUCGCAUUAUUCAUGUUAAACAAAUCCUCCAAAGGUCUUCAUCAUUGAAAGCAAAUCAAGCAGCUUCAUCAGCACCGUUUGAUGUCCCAAAAGGCUAUUUAGCAGUUUAUGUUGGAGAGAGCGAAAGGAAGCGAUUUGUGAUUCCGAUAUCAUACUUGAACCAACCUUCAUUCCAAGAUUUGUUAAGCCAAGCUGAGGAAGAAUUUGGGUUUGAGCAUCCAAUGGGUGGUCUCACCAUUCCGUGCAGAGAAGACAUCUUCAUUAAUCUCACUUCUCAAUUGGGUGGAUCAUGAAUCAUGAUAGAAACAAUGCUAGGAUAUGUUAGCAAACACAAUUUUGUAAAGUAAUUACCGUUUCUAUGUACAAAUUUUCUUUCUUUUCCUUUCAGCCGCCAAGGAGAGAUAGGAAAUGUCGUCAGACUAUUAUAAUUUAUAAUUAGACAUUAAUGGAAUUCUCUCACAUUUAAAGGCAAAAGCAUCAUUGCAUCAAUAUUUUCAUGUCCAUUUUCUCAGUUGAAUUCUAUUAGCAACACAGAGUACAUAUAAUUUUCUGUCUAAUGGUGAAUUAUGUGAGGAGGUGCUUGCCACCCUGAUGUCUAGAAAUUCCUGAUGUGCAAAAAACUGCCUUUUCAGAGGAUUUCAGUGAUUUAAAUAUAUUAAAAAAUCAACCUUAAAUUAUAGAAAAAUUCUGCAUUUUUGUUGACCUCAGCACUGGUUCAUUUGGCUAGAAACAGGCAUUCCAAAUAAUUGCUUGUGCUGUAGGGAGACAAAUCCAUAGAGAAACUGAUAAAACACUGGACCAACAAAACAUCAAUUUGUAAUUGCAUAUUAAUCUUUCCUCUGAAAUGUGAGGUGAAUCUUAUGUUGUUUUAGUCUAUAUGAGCUGAUGGUUCUCAUUAUAUAUGCAUUGAGGAUGUCAAAUUUCACUCAAGCCUGCAUUCAAGCUGUGAAAUUUAUGCAAUAGCAAUUAUUGUCAAAAUGUUUGAUUUUCAGGGUAUAUACAGAUCAUAAUGCAAGAAACUUUAUUAGAACUAUGAAUUACAGGGACUAUUGAUCCGUGCCAAUUUUAGUUAUAGAGUUAGAAGCAUAGAACAAUUUCACACGUUAGGUUGAUUCUAUACUGCUUCUGUUCAAUUGAGCAAUCACUGCAUUUGGGCCCCAAGCUCAAAUUAGCACCAUUUCUUUCUUUUUUUAAGCAACAUUGUCAUAUAUGAGCCAGCCAAUAACUCAUAUUUUCCAGUGCUUGUUGGUCUAACUGUGAAUUAUGUAGUUUAUAUUAUUCAUUAAGGAUAGUUUAGUACUUUAGAUUAUUAGGGAUUAUUAGGGUUUCGUUUAUAUAUUUUGUAAUUCUUCUUUUGAUUAAUUAACAUACACAAGUUUUGUCA